AUGUUUAGGAAACGCAACCUAGUUACGGAAUUGUUGCGUCGAGCUGAUCUCGGUGACUUUGAAACCCUAAUUUCGCGGACCCUGUGGAGUCGUGCUGUUUCCACACACUCUAAAUCGGUCCUGCUUGCAACAGACGACGCAGGCAUGGGUAGUAGUAAGCAAACGGGAAUGUUUUCACUAGCUGGGGAAUUAGCCUCUCUCGUAGAGGAAUCUGCUCAUGUUGAUGAUACCAAACCCAGAAGCCGUAUGGAGCUAAAGAGAUCUCUUGAACUCCGUUUAAAGAAAAGAGUCAAGGAGCAAUACACCAACGGGAAGUUUAGCGACCUGCUGAAGAAGGUGAUUGCGAGGCCUGAAACUCUUCGGGACGCUUAUGACUGUAUUAGGCUUAACUCCAACGUUCCCAUUACAGAAAGAAAUGUCAGUGUUGCGUUUGAUUCUAUUGCGGAAGAGCUCUCUAAUGGGAUGUUUGAUGUCACUUCCAAUACCUUCUCGCUUGUGGCUAGAGAUAAAACAAAAGAGGUCCUUGUACUGCCUAGUGUAGCUCUGAAAGUUGUCCAAGAGGCUAUCAGAAUAGUCCUGGAAGUCGUUUUCAGUCCUCAUUUCUCUAAGAUUUCGCAUAGUUGUCGAAGCGGAAGGGGACGUGCAUCUGCGUUGAAGUAUAUCAGCAACAAUAUGUCUCAUUCUGACUGGUGUUUCACUUUGAGCCUGAACAAAAAACUGGAUGUUUCUGUUUUCGAGAGCCUUCUCUCUGUGAUGGAAGAAAAAAUAGAAGACAGUAGUUUAAGUAUCCUACUCCGUUCUAUGUUUGAAGCCCAGGUGCUCAAUCUCGAGUUUGGAGGAUUUCCCAAGGGCCAUGGUCUACCGCAAGAAGGGGUGUUGUCCCGUGUAUUGAUGAACAUAUAUCUUGAUCGGUUUGAUCAUGAAUUUUAUAGAAUCUCAAUGAGGCAUGAAGCUCUUGAUCUUGGUUCACAGACUGAUGAAGAUAGCCCAGGGUCAAAACUUCGUUCCUGGUUCAGGAGGCAGGCUGGAGAACAAGAAUUGAAAAGUACUCCGGAGCAGGACAUCGCUCUCAGAGUUUAUUGUUGCAGAUUUAUGGAUGAGAUAUUUUUCUCUGUGUCUGGUCCCAAGAAAGCCGCUGUUGAUAUCAGAUCUGAAGCUAUAGGUUUCUUACGGAACUCACUGCAUUUGGACAUCACUGAUGAAAUAGACUCGUCACCAUGUGAAACGACCAGUGGGCUUCGUGUAUUGGGUACCUUAGUUAGGAAAAAUGUUAGGGAGAGUCCCUCUGUCAAAGUUGUUCACAAGUUAAAGGAGAAAGUUAGGCUCUUUGCAUUGCAGAAAGAAGAGGCGUGGAGCUUGGGCACAGUUAGAAUUGGAAAGAAAUGGUUAGGACAUGGAUUGAAGAAAGUCAAGGAGUCAGAAAUCAAAGGCUUGGCGGAGAGUAACUCUACCUUGAGCCAAAUAUCUUGCCACAGAAAGGCAGGCAUGGAAACAGAUCAUUGGUAUAAGGUUUUGCUUAGAAUAUGGAUGGAGGACGUGCUAAGAACCUCUGCAGAUAGAGGCGAGGAGUUUAUCUUGUCCAAGCAUAUUGUCGAACCUACGAUUCCUCAAGAGCUAAGAGACGCGUUUUACAAGUUUCAAAACUCUGCUGCGGCAUAUGUUUCUUCAGAGACAGCUAAAGUGGAAGCACUUUUGCCAUGUCCACUCUCUCGUGAUAUACCUGUUUUCUUUGGCGAUGUUGUUGCUCCUACCAAUGCUAUAAGAAGGCGUCUUUUUCGCUAUGGAUUAGUAACAGCUGCGGGAUAUGCUCGUACGAAUCCUAUGCUUAUUUUGCAAGAUACUGCCCAGAUAAUUGAUUGGUUCUCAGGACUUGUCCGCCGAUGGGUGAUAUGGUAUGGAGGCUGUAGUAAUUUUGAUGAGGUAAAGGCUCUUAUCGACAAUCAGGUCAGGAAGUCAUGCAUCCGGACUUUGGCGUCGAAAUAUAGAAUACACGAAAAUGAAAUAGAGAAACGCCUUGAUUCAGAGCUGAGCACGAUUCCCUCUGCUGAAGAUAUAGAACAGGAAAUACAAGAUGAGAAGCUAGAUUCUCCAGCCUUUGACAGGGAUGAACAUCUAACCUACGGCAUUUCCAACAGUGGUCUGUGUUUAUUGUCUUUAGCUCGAGUAGUGAGCGAAUCAAGGCCUUGCAAUUGCUUCGUAAAUGGUUGCUCGAUGGCUGCACCUGCUGUUUAUACUCUACACGCAAUGGAAAGACAGAAGUUUCCCGGUUGGAAAACGGGAUUUUCUGUUUGCAUUCCUUCUAGCUUAAAUGGAAGGAGAAUAGGGCUGUGUAAGCAACACCUCAAAGAUCUCUACAUGGGUCAAAUAUCACUUCAAGCCAUUGAUUUUGGAGCCUGGAGAUGA